ACUUGAAUUCCAUCCAAAGCCCUCUUCUCCCUACCUUAGAAGACCAAGCUUCCAUCACUCGCAAUGGCUCCCGUUUCCCAGGUUGUCUCAGCUCUUAUGCUGCCCGCUCUCGCUCUGGGAGCUGCCAUUGAGCCCCGCGGCGCUGAUAUCGUUGGAGGAACUGCCGCUGCUCUCGGCGAGUUCCCCUACAUCGUCUCUCUGUCCACCCAGGGCUCUCACUUCUGCGGUGGUGUUUUGGUCAACGCCAACACCGUCGUCACCGCUGCCCACUGCUCCGUCGACUUCACUGCCUCGCAGGUCAAGGUCCGCGCCGGUACUCUUACCUGGGCUUCUGGCGGUACUCAAGUCGGUGUCUCCAAGAUCAUCGUGAACCCCUCUUACAACUCCCGCACCACCGACUUCGACGUUGCCGUCUGGAAGCUGGCCAGCUCCAUCCCUCAGAGCUCCACCAUUGGCUACGCCACCCUUCCUGCUGCUGGCUCUGACCCUGCUGCUGGCUCCAUCGUCACCACCGCUGGCUGGGGUACCACCUCCGAGGGCAGCUCGUCUCUCCCCGCCAGACUCAACAAGGUUUCCAUCCCCGUCGUCUCUCGCGCCACUUGCCAGUCCGAGUAUGGAAGGUCUGCUAUCACCACCAACAUGUUCUGUGCUGCUCAGGCUCAGGGUGGCAAGGACUCUUGCCAGGGUGACAGCGGCGGCCCCAUCGUUGAUGCCAACGGUGUUCUCCAGGGUCUCGUUUCUUGGGGCAACGGCUGUGCUGAGGCCGGAUUCGCUGGUGUCUACAGCAGACUCGGCGCCCUUCUCAGCUUUGUCCAGGCCAACCUUUAAGCGCCUGUUAGGACAAACAAAAAAACCAAAAACCAAAAAAAAUCUCGUCUUCUUAGCGGCAGAGAUCCUGUUCUCUUCUUGAUUGGUUAGGAAACCGGAGCUGUGGGCGAGUCCGGUUUCACAGCAGAAGGCCUUGGCCAAGUAGUUAGGGUAAAUAGGAUUUGAAUUUAAAAAAAAAGGCAUCUCACUGAAAAC